AUGAACACACCACAAAGGUCAUUAGACUAUUCUUCUGACAAAGAGACAUUAAAGACUCCAGUCAAUCAACGAUUCCGACAGAUCACCACUUCUCCAGCACCUUCACCAAUUAGGCGAUACCUGUCAAGUACUUUAAAUGAUUUUCGUGAAAAAGGAAAUAAAGAACUUGGUCGCAUAUACGAAACUUUUUCAGAGCUCACAGGCAUAAGCCCAAUUCCAAAGGAGAGAUCUCAGAAAACUCUUAAAACUAUUACAAAGCGUACAUCAAAAUCAACUUUGGAUGCUGAUCAGAUCUUGAAUGAGCAUAAAAAUCACACAUUCUUGACACCAAUUAUGGAAAGACAUUCAGUGAGGGAUUCAAUCAAACAAGACAUUGGUGCGUAA